GGAAGAGGAUGAGGAGCGGGGGGAAUGGAGCUUACCAGCGUGUGGCAGCAGUGACUAGGGAAUCAGGUUUCUCAGACCCUGCAGUAAGACUUGAGCGAGAGGGGAGGAGAGAGGCUGAGCCAGCUUCCCCUCUAGACACUCCUGGUCUUUUAAUGUCCUGAGCACAGCUAACAGUCCCCGGAUCCUCCUUGAUCUGGACCUCAGUGUCUGGGCCAAAGUGACGUACACAUCUCCCAGCACCCGCUCUCAAACCGCACAUCCAGGAUCUCACCCCUUUUAUAUGAGGCUUUUGCUGGGAGAGCCCCUCUGUAGGUCUGACUCAUAAUAUCCCUGGUGGAAAAUCUCCUUUGCAGCACAUUUCCUUUGGAUAUGAUUCAAGGCUAGCAAUGGAUCCUGAAGGCUCUCGUAUUCGAGACGACCCACAUGUCAAUGUAAUGAUGGCAGGGUCGACUCUGAGAAAAGUCAAAUCCCGUUCAUGGAAGAAGCAGCGGCAUUUCCGGCUUCUGGAGGACGGGCUGACGAUCUGGUACAAAUCCAGAUGGGCGGGAAAAGGUCACUCCACAUUCUCAGUGACCGAGUUGGAGGCUGUGCGUGAGGGCCACCAGUCAGAAGUCUUGCAGAGCAUCGCUGAGGAGUUCUCUGCUGACCUCUGCUUCACCUUGGUGUUUCAUGGUCGGCAAGGCAACCUAGACCUUGUGGCGGAGUCCCCAGAGGAGGCCCGGGCCUGGAUCCAGGGAGUGCGCAAGUUGAUUCAUAAGGCUCAGACGAUGGACGAGAAGGAGAGGCUAGACCAUUUCCCUCAGCAUCCUCUCAGAUGGGUCUGCGACUGGUUUCAGAAGGCUGACAAAAACAAAGAUGGGAAGAUGAAUUUCAAAGAAGUGCGGAAACUGCUGAAGAUGAUGAACGUAGAAAUGAAUGAAGAACAUGCUCUCCACCUCUUUACGAUGGCCGAUAAGUCAGAGAGUGGCUCUUUGGAAAUCGAGCAGUUUGUCCACUUCUAUAAGAUACUGACUCAGAGAGAUGAAGUGUGGAAGGUGUUCCAAGACUACUCUGGAGAUGGAGAGAAGCUAUUGUUGGAGGAGCUGGAGAACUUUCUGAUGAUAGAGCAGCAGGAAGGGGGGCGGAGUGCCCAGCAUUCCCAGGAGCUUAUUGAUCGCUAUGAACCCUCUGAGACAGCCAAGAAGCAAGGUGUCAUGUCACUUGAUGGCUUCCAGAUGUACCUGUGCUCCCAGGAAGGCUCCAUAUUGAAACCUGAGCACCGGGGAAUUUACCAGGACAUGAACCAGCCGCUCAACCACUACUCCAUCUCCUCCUCACACAACACCUACCUCCUGGAGGACCAGCUCCGAGGACAGAGCAGCCUAGAGGCUUACAUCCAGGCUCUGAAAAGAGGCUGUCGCUGUGUUGAGGUGGACUCCUGGGAUGGCAGUGAUGGGGAGCCCGUUGUGUAUCAUGGUCACACUUUGACAUCCAAGAUCCUCUUCAGAGAUAUCAUUUCAACACUCAAAGAAUAUGCCUUCAAGGCAUCAGACUUCCCAGUCAUCCUGUCCCUUGAGAAUCACUGUGGCAUCGAGCAGCAGACAGUCAUGGCUCAGCACCUCCGCCACAUCUUGGGUGAUACAUUACUGACCACCCUGCUGGAUGGACAGAUGCCUCAGCAGCUUCCUUCUCCACAGGAACUGAGGGGGAAAAUUUUGCUGAAAGCCAAGAAGAUUGGUGGUCUGGUAGACUGUCUCGAUGAAACCCUGACAGAUGAGGUUAGCGAUGAGGAAGAGAUGGCAAACGAUGAUGCUGGGAGUCCGACUGCUGAAGACCCACCUGCUGACUGUUUGAAUGAGAAUAACAAGAAGUCCAAGUCUAAACUGUCGAGGGAGCUGUCAGACUUGGUGGUUUACUGCAAGAGCGUGCACUUCCAUGGCUUUGAGCAUGCUCGCUCACACAGCAAAUGCUACGAGAUGUCUUCAUUCUCGGAAUCCAAGGCCAAGAGGCUAGCUAAGGAAGCAGGGACAGAUUUUGUGCAGUACAACACAAGGCAGCUGAGCAGGAUUUACCCCAGUGGCCUCAGGACGGACUCCUCCAACUACAACCCGCAGGACAUGUGGAAUGUUGGCUGCCAGAUAGUGGCUCUGAACUUCCAGACAGCUGGUCUGGAAAUGGAUUUGAACGACGGGCUAUUCAGGCAGAACAGCUGCUGUGGCUAUGUCCUCAAACCGGACUUCAUGAGAGACAGCAGCACUCGAUUCAGUCCAGAGAGACCCGAGGAGCGGCAGGGCUACAUACCCCUCCGCCUGUCCAUACAGGUUAUUAGUGGACAGCAGCUGCCAAAGGUGAAUCAGAAGGAGGGCUCUAUUGUUGACCCCCUGGUCAGAGUGGAGAUCUAUGGAGUGCCACAGGACCAGGCCAAGGAGGAGACCAGUCACAUUAACAACAAUGGUUUUAACCCCUUAUGGAAUGAAACUCUAAAUUUUGUCAUCCACACCCCUGAGCUGGCCCUAGUUCGCUUUGUUGUAGAGGAUUACGACAAGGCGUCCAGGAAUGACUUCAUCGGACAGUUCACUCUUCCAUUCACAUGCAUCCAAGCAGGAUAUCGUCACAUACAUCUUCUCUCUAAAGAUGGAACAGCUAUCCCUCCCUCCUCCCUCUUUAUCAACAUCAGCAUUUCAGAGCUCAAAUGAAAGAGUCAAAUGUGCAGAUAAGGAGCCAGAACUGCUACAACAUCUCCAUAAUCAAUUUUAGAUUUUAAUGUAGUGCUUUCAUCUGGUAUUAGCGUCUCAUACUGAGCACUAACGUUUGUUUCUCUUAUGGGACAUUUCCGAAAUUGAUUGCUUUAGUUGGAAUAAUUUGUGAUCUUUAGUGACAGAGUAGUGUUGAUGCAUCACCUUGAAGCGUAAUUCACCAAGCAAUUAGAAAACUAUUAAGAAACAGGGACUGUCAAAAAUCGUCGUGUUGUGCAAGAUUACAUACUCCAAAGUUUCGGGUAAAAUGCUUUUAUUUCUGUUUUUAUGCCAAAUGUACAACUCUACGAGUCAGGCCCUCAUGAAAAUAUUUCCCACAGUCAUGUGGUAAGAUGGAAGAUUUCUGCAUGUGUACAAUGUCUACAUAUACCCAUGUUUGCCUUUAAAAGCACUGUGCAUCCAGGGGCAAGUCCCUAUGAAAUAACUGAAAGUCAGGUUUUAAAAUGUAAUGAUAGAAUGUGGAAAAUACAUAUCAGUAUUAAAAACCUAUUAUUAUAAAGUA